AUUUGAUGAGUGCUAACGAUAAUUGCUAAGAUUAUAAUACAUUGGAUGAAUAGCAUAAAUAAUAAAUGAUGUAAUUAGAAACGAUGGGUAUGAUGUGUAAAUAUUAAAUGAUUUUCACUAAAAUGGAUGCAGCUUUAUUGAAAAUUGCUUCAAUAUUAAGAUAAAAGUAUUUUAUCAAUUAUCAUUUAAGAUAAAAUAAUGACAAGGCUUAUGCUUUAUUUUAAAUAAAAGAUAGAUCUGUCUGUUAGAAACAAUUGCUUAUGAUAAAUGCACUAUCAAUAGCUUAAAGAAUGAAAUUAAAGGUAAGUGGUUUAUUUAAUUUUUGUGAAAAACAUGCUCAAGAGAAUUAAUUUAUAGGUAUUAUUUCAAAUAGUAUUUCAAAGCUUUUCAUAAAAUUUUAAUUAUUUCUAAAGCAAGAAAUUAAGAGUAGAAGCUUAAAGAAGAAAAUGAAAAAUAGAAGAAAGAGUUCCUAUUUAAAUUGAAUUAGAAAGAUGAAGAUAUCGACAGAUAAAGAAAAAAGAAUGAAGAAUUAGAAGGAAUUUUAUAUUAAUAAAAACAAAGGGAGAGUGAUUGUACUAUCAAAUUAUAAUAAAAAAUGAAACUAAUUUAGAGAUAUGAAAGUGAUCUUUUAGAACUUAAAAGAUAACCUUCUUCUACUAAGAAUUCUAACUAAGAAAAUAGAGUAAACCUAUUAUUUAUAAUUUAAGUUGAAAGAAUUAGAAAAUAAUAAUGCCAUUUUAAGUUUAUAGAUAUAAUAAAAUUCCUAAUCUUUAAUAAAUUUUGUAAAGGAAAUGAAUGAAUUAUUAGACAGCCAUUCUUUUAUAUUGAAUGAGAAAAACAUAAGCAGCUUUCGUGCAAAAUAUAAAUGA